AUGGAUGGCACCAACGACGCUGUGGACGGAAUCCCGGCUGCCGGGUUUAGUGAGGCCGGCGAGGAUGAUGCUGAGACCGCUCUGGCUCGAGAGGCCACCGGAAGGCAUCUGCUGGAAAGAUCGAAAGUCCCCAAAGGCCUGAAGUCGGUGAGGCGUAUCUGGGGCGAAGGCAAGGUUGAAUAUUACCAGUGGGCGAAUCGAGGAGUAGGGUUCUGUAACAAACUGGUAACGGCGGCUCGUGAGGUGAGGGACUGGGACGAAGCUGCAGUAAAGUUGAACAGGUUGAUUCACAGACGAGCCCAGCAACUCCAACGACGCAACGUCAACGAAUCGGUCAACCCUAUCGAGCCGGACGACCUGGUAAAUCUGAAGGCCUGGUCUCAUAAGGAUCCAUAUAUUAAGAAAAACGACCGCGGAGGAAUCGCUCUGCCUUUCGGGAAGUUAGCCGGUACGGAAUUACUGGCGGGGUUCGGUUUCGACAAAUUCGGGCUUUUGGUACGGAAGGAACAGCAGCAAGCAGGAAGCGUUCCAGAGGGUGGUGCAGACAUGGAGGUCCGCAACCGGCAGAACACGGCACAUAGGGGUGACGAACAGGCCGGGGCGGACAAGAACCGCCAGCGGGUCAAAGCUGGAAGACGGAGGAAAGAUGCGUCCGCAAAAAAACCGGUUGCUAGGCCGGGGGAUUUAUUUCGGGCACUCGAGGCCGUGCGGAACGAGAACGGGCAGGGCAGGGCGGAGGUCAGAGGCCCACAAGUUUCUGUCGACGCCAGACUGCCCGAGCCUAUCGGACGCUACGACGCGCACAAUACGGAGAAUAUAGCGCGUGCGGAACUCGGUAUCCGAACCUCAGCAGACCUAUUUCAGGGCGCGCAAAUCGGUUUCGAAACGGCGGGGGCGAGCGGUCGGCGAAGGCAGAGGAAAAGGCCAGGUCCUAGCAGCCACGGACCGCGAUCGAAACGCGCCAGAAUCGUCGACUGCGGGGAGAGAGGUGAGAACGAUCGGUUGCCAGACCUUGUCAGCGUUUUGUCCUUUUUGGACGAGGAGUUUGCCGAGAAAGAGCGACUGUCUCACUCCCAGGCAUGGUGCACUCCUAUUUCUCAUGAGAGAAAGGUAUCAACCGUCCAGGACUUCUACGAGGCAUUCCACGACAUGAGGACCUUGCAGAUACAUACCUGCAUGAUGUGUUAUCGGAAGCAUUCCAGGGCGGAGCUGGAGGAAUCGAUUGGGAUCAGUGGGCGUCAAGUCCCAUUGAGAAGUGCAAUGGCUCACCGUUUAGGUGCCGGCGUUGCUUCCCUGUGGGGGGCAAAAUUCCCGGGUGCACAGAUUGCGUGA